AAUUGCUUCCCCUUCUGCAUGUCCCGUACAUACAGAGUCUGAAAACGAAACCAUUCUCAAGACCUCCUUUCCUCGCUCUCUCUCUCUUUCUCUGUCUCUCGCUGUCUCUUUCCUGGUCUCUGAAAUGCAACCUUGUAGCAGAGAAAUGCAAGGAGGCAUGAACAUGAAUUCCCUCCUCAACAACGGCAACAACAACAACAUGUCUCCCUCCCAUCACCACCAAAUCUCCCUCCAAGACCUUCACAACCCGAUCCAUGGGUCCCACAGCUUCGACCCCGCCGCAGGUGACCACGACUUCCUCGACCAGAUGUUCUCCACCAUCAACCCCUCCUGGGCCGACCUCAACCCUGCUGCUGACGGUCCCGACCCCGCCCCCGACAGCAACGGUAACUCCAUUGGCCCUUUUGGCACCCACUUCGAUGAGUCGGCUAUCUUGGCCUCCAAGCUGCGCCAGCACCAGAUCAGCGGCGGUGGCGGCUCCUCCUCCACCUCGGCGGCAGCCGCGGCCAAGGCCUUGCUGCUGCAGCAGCAGAUGCUGAUGGGCAGGGGAUUCGAGAGAUCCCCCAGCGAUGUCCCGGGAGUAGAUGAGUCAGUGCAAGCUUUGUAUAACGGUUUCGCUGGAUCUCUCCAUGGUGGUGGUGGUGGUCAACUAUUAAACCAGUCUCCACAGUUUCACCAUCCUCAGGGGGGCACUCCGAGCUUCGGGGCUCAGGGGCAAGGUACAAAGCCAGCCCCGGCUGCAAGUGCGUCAACAACAACUGCCUCCGGAGGCGGUGGCAACACCACCAACACCAGCGGCCAGCCCAGGCAGAGGGUCAGGGCCAGAAGAGGCCAGGCCACCGACCCCCACAGCAUAGCCGAGCGAUUACGCAGAGAGAGAAUUGCAGAGAGAAUGAAGGCUCUGCAGGAGCUCGUUCCCAACGGCAACAAGACGGACAAGGCAUCAAUGCUCGAUGAGAUCAUCGAUUAUGUAAAAUUCCUCCAGCUCCAAGUCAAGGUACUGAGCAUGAGCAGAUUGGGUGGGGCGGCCGCUGUUGCUCCCCUUGUUGCUUAUAUGUCAUCUGAGGGAGCAGGCGGUGGUGACUGUAACGGCGGAGGACGGAACGGUAACGGCUCUGCCAACGACAGCCUAACGGUGACGGAGCACCAGGUGGCCAAGCUCAUGGAGGAGGACAUGGGCUCAGCCAUGCAGUACCUCCAGGGCAAGGGCCUCUGCCUCAUGCCCAUCUCCCUCGCCACUGCCAUCUCCACCGCCACCUGCCACUCUAGCCGUCCCUCGGCUGCUGCUCACGGCAACCCUCUCACCGCAUCCAACGGCGACGGGCCCACCUCACCCAGCAUGUCCGUGCUGACCGUCCAGUCGGCGGCCGGAGCCAACGGCGGCGGCCCGGACGGCUCGUCCGCAAAGGACGCCGCAUCCGUCUCCAAGUCGUGAGGACGGCGUCAUCCGACCGUCCGCUGACGUGGAUCCAACUGCUGUCCGAAUUAUUAGGCUACAGAAGACGACACCGUAUGUCCUUAAGACUUUCGGCGAGAAGAGGAGAGAGAAGAGGAACUAACCCUGAAUCUAAAACUGAAACGACAAACGACAGCAAGUAUAAGACGACAGUAUCGACCAAAUCCCAAGGACUUUCGUUUGGUUAUGUUGUUAUUAUUAUACAUAUGUGGUUUAGGUUUCGUUAAUUGUUAGAAAUUCUUCCUUUAAUAUUAUUUAACUCGUGCUCUCUUUUUGUUCCUUUUAUUAUCAUUAUGAUGAAAUCUUUUUUUUUAAUCUUUUAAA